UAGAGAUCUGUUUCGAGCCUCUUUCCAUGGUUCCUUCGACGGACGGUAUCUUUUAGGAGACGAUUUUUCCUAAACUCCCCAAUCUCAUUACUUUUUUCUCGAUUCUCUACUCACCAAGAAGAUCGAUUACUAGUGAUUCGUUGGAUCGAGUUUUUCUCGUGACGGACUAGUGAUUGGUAUGAUUCUUUGAACUUUUCUGCUACGUGGUUUUGUUUGGUAUGAUUGUUGAUGUUUCUAGGUUAAUAUUUGCUUUCAGAAUUUGCGUAAUUAUCGUCUGUUUGUUGGAAGGCAAGUUUAUAUGUCAAGAUUUUUUUUUGUUUUUUUAAUCUUUUGACUAGGGAUUAUAAGUUCUUGUCGACAGAUUAAAACAAUCUUGGUUCAUCUGCAGGAAAACCUAAAAUUAAGUAUGUACUGUGUUAUCAGUUAUGCGAUGUCAAAUUAUGUUAAAUCGUGUAAGAAUUGCUGCCAUAUGGUUUCGUAUUGAAGUAGAUCAAGAGAAAAGGAAUUGAUUGAUAUUUUUUUCUAGAAACUAGCAAAAAGGGGUACCCUUUCUUUCUUGGUCAAGAUCUCUACUUGCUUAACUUGCUGAUCAAUUUUCUGGUUUUGUUGAAUGGAGGUUUCAAGAAUUUGUUAGAGUCUUGGAGUAAUGAAAUUCUAUUGAUUGUCACUAUGUUGCCUUGGGUUGCUUGUAGGCUCUUAAUAUGGGCAUGAAUAAAUUAUCAUUAGUAUGUCUACCUCUUUACAUAUCUGAUUGUGGUUGGGGUUAAUAUGUAUUUUGUUGGUUGUCAACUUGUUAGUUACCUUUUUGUUAGUGGCUAUGUAAUGGGUAGAUGAAGGCUUGACACAGGACGGAUUUUGGACUUGGAAGAAGACAAGGGACUCGUAAAACUUUCAAGGAACUAGGUUUAAAGGGCUUCAUACCAACAAAACACAGGAACAAUGUCCCUUGCUCGGCCUCAUCAUGCAGAACACAGUCAAGUUCCUGGUGAUUUCAGAUCUUCCUUUGGAAGAAAUUACCAUCACAUGUAUGGCUCAGCCUCCUCAGCCUUUACGACCAACAGGCGUUACAUUAAUAAUAACCAUAGAAGAAGCUAUAACAACUCCCAUGACUUCUCAAAUGAAUCUGGGCAGCAGUAUAACGUUUACGGUUACAUUGAGCCCGAAGUUUUACCAUCUCUCAAGAGGAGGAAGUUUUCCGCCACCAAUUGGGAAAGUUAUGGUACAUCUUAUAAUCAAUCUUGCACAUAUGAAUAUUCCCCUUCAAGCUCCAAGAUCACUUCCCUUCCUCCUGUAGUGUCCGAUGCCAAUGCUAAAGCUUGUACAUCUACUAGUUGUAAGCGUGACCGUACAAGGUUUGAAGACGAGGAUGCUGAAUUUAUGUCAAGGGAUGAGAUUGAGAGGUUUUCACCUUCCAGAAAAGAUGGUAUUGAUGUCCUGCAGGAAACACAUUUGCGGUACUCUUACUGUGCGUUUCUUCAGAACCUUGGAAUUCGUCUUGAGCUGCCACAAACUACCAUUGGAACUGCUAUGGUUUUAUGCCAUCGGUUUUUUGUCCGGCGGUCGCAUGCAUCCCAUGAUAGAUUUUUGGUUGCUACUGCUGCCCUUUUUCUUGCUGCAAAGUCUGAGGAGACACCUUGCCCUCUGAACAAUGUCUUGAGAGUGUCCUCUGAAAUUUUCCAUAAGCAGGAUUUCAAUUUACUCUGCUAUCUACUCCCCAUGGAUUGGUUUGAUCAAUACCGAGAACGGGUGAUUGAAGCUGAGCAAAUGGUUCUGACGACUCUUAACUUUGAGCUUAAUGUGCAGCAUCCAUAUGCCCAUCUUACGUCCAUUCUUGAUAAACUAGGCCUUGCACAGUCACUUCUGGUAAAUCUGGCGUUGAGCUUGGUCAGUGAAGGGUUGCGUAGCUCACUUUGGCUUCAGUUUAAGCCUCACCAGAUUGCGGCUGGAGCUGCAUAUCUUGCUGCAAGAUCUUUAAAUAUGGAUCUUACGUCAUGCCAGAAUGUUUGGCAAGAGUUCUACACACCACCAUCUGUACUCAAGGAUGUUGUCCAGCAGUUGAUGGAGCUUUUUUAGAACAUAGCCUAAAUGAUGGUGGAAUUUCCUGUCUCGGUUAGACAAUUAUAUGUGUACUUUUUAUACAUGGCUUUCUGCCAUUUUUAGGUCGGACCAUUGAAGGCUGUAUAGUCGAAGCCUGUUUGUUCUUUGACUUUGAGAUAGUUGGUCAUGAAUAUGUGGUAUAGUUCUUAGCCUUUUUAUCCUUUUUAAUUCGACCAAGGGUUUGAACCUGCAACACUUGUCGUUCGGGUAAAAAAAAGAAACUUGGUAGGGACCUACUUAUAAUAUAUUUAAGAAAUAUUUUUGGUACAAUUCACUUUGGCUA